CGCCCCCGGGAAAAUGCUGAGGCGCUGCCCAGCCGCGGCGGCGGAGGAGGAGGAGGAGGAGGAGGAGGAGGAGGAGGGGCGGCGGCCUGCUCGGACACUGGGACCCGCCGCUCGGGCGCGGCGACCGCGGCCAUGGCCCGGCUGGCUGACUACUUCAUCGUGGUGGGCUAUGACCACGAGAAGACAGGGUCUGGUGAAGGUCUGGGGAAAAUAAUCCAGAGAUUUCCUCAGAAGGAUUGGGAAGAUACACCUUUUCCGCAAGGAAUCGAAUUGUUUUGUCAACCUGGAGGAUGGCAGCUGUCCAAAGAGAGGAAGCAACCUACGUUCUUCAUGGUGGUUCUGACGGAUAUCGAUUCUGAGCGGCAUUAUUGUUCGUGCCUAACCUUCUACGAGGCAGAGAUCAACCUGCAGGGAUCGAAACACGAAGAAAUUGAAGGCGAAGAGGAGGUGUCUGGUUUAAUUCAGCCUGCAGAAGUAUUUGCUCCCAAAAGCCUCGUAUUGGUAUCCAGACUAGAUUAUCCAGACAUUUUUAGGGCUUGCCUGGGUUUGAUCUACACCGUCUAUGUGGACAGCCUGAGCGUCUCCUUAGAAAGUCUCAUCGCCAACCUCUGUGCCUGCCUUGUCCCAGCCUCUGGAGGCUCUCAGAAGUUAUUUUCCUUGGGAGCAGGAGAUAGACAGCUGAUCCAGACUCCUCUCUACGAUAGCCUCCCUGUUACAGGCACCAGCGUGGCUCUCCUCUUUCAACAGUUGGGAAUCCAGAAUGUCCUCAGCCUCUUCUGUGCAGUUCUUACGGAAAACAAGGUUCUGUUCCAUUCCGCAAGCUUCCAGAGACUUAGCGAUGCUUGCAGGGCACUGGAGUCCUUAAUGUUUCCUCUUAAAUAUAGUUAUCCGUAUAUUCCCAUUCUCCCGGGUCAACUGUUGGAAGUUCUGAGUUCACCAACACCAUUCAUCAUUGGAGUUCAUUCUAUAUUUCGUUCUGAUGUCCAUGAACUUUUAGAUGUAAUUAUUGCCGAUCUGGAUGGAGGCACUAUCAAAAUUCCUGAAUGUAUCCACCUUUCUCCACUCCCGGAACCACUGCUGCAUCAGACCCAGACGGCCCUUUCUCUGAUUUUACACCCAGAUUUGGAAGUUGCGGAUUAUGCUUUCCCACCUCCACGAACAGCUUUAUCUCAUUCAAAAAUGUUGGAUAAAGAAGUGCGGGCAGUUUUCCUCAGAUUGUUUGCCCAGCUUUUCCAAGGCUAUAGAUCAUGUUUGCAACUGAUCAGAAUUCAUGCAGAGCCGGUCAUACACUUUCACAAGACGGCCUUCCUGGGACAGCGUGGCUUGAUUGAGAAUGAUUUCCUGACCAAAGUUCUCAAUGGAAUGGCAUUUGCUGGCUUUGUGUCAGAGAGAGGGCCUCCCUACAGGUCUUGUGAUCUCUUCGAUGAGCUGGUAGCCUUUGAAGUGGAGCGAAUUAAAGUGGAAGACAGUAAUCCCCUGAAAUUGAUAAAGCACAUCAGAGAACUUGCAGAGCAGCUGUUCAGAAAUGAAAAUCCAAAUCCUCAUAUGGCAUUCCAGAAGGUUCCGCGGCCCACUGAGGGAUCCCACUUGCGAGUACAUAUUCUUCCAUUUCCCAAAAUUAAUGAGACUCGGGUUCAGGAGUUACUACAAGAGGGACUUGCCAAGAACCAAAUUACACCUCCUCCCUCUCGGGUGGAAAAGAAAUGUGUCGUGCCAGCUGGUCUCCCUGUUGUUUCUAUAAUGGAUAAAGUAACUACGGUUUUCAACAGCGCACAGAGGCUAGAAGUUGUUAGAAACUGCAUCGCAUUCAUAUUCGAAAACAAAGUUUUGGAGACCGAGAAGACCCUGCCAGCCGCCCUGAGAGCCCUCAAAGGAAAGGCAGCUCGACAGUGCUUAACCCAGGAGCUUGGGUUGCAUGUCCAGCAAAACCGGGCUAUAUUGGACCAUCAGCAGUUUGACUACAUAGUAAGGAUGAUGAACUGCACUUUACAGGAUUGUUCAAGUCUAGAAGAAUAUAACAUUGCUGCAGCCCUGCUUCCUUUGACAAGUGCUUUCUAUAGGAAACUCGCUCCAGGAGUCAGUCAGUUUGCUUAUACCUGUGUUCAGGAUCACCCCAUUUGGGCUAAUCAACAGUUUUGGGAGACAACAUUUUAUAAUGAUGUGCAAAAUCAAGUUCGCUCCCUAUAUCUUUCAGCCAAGGAAGACAAUCACACAGCACAGUUGAAGCAAAAGAUGCCUGAUUCAUAUGGAAUUCGAGCAGAUGUUCGAGUGUGUGGUCAAAAGGGAAAAGAAAACAGAGAGAAAACUCCUUCAAGCCCAAACCAGGAGAAAUCUGCCAUGGAUCUGGCAGCUGAACAGUUGCAUAUGUGGCCAACGCUGAGCAAACAAACCCAGCAGGAACUCGUUCAGAAUGAGGAAAGUACAGUCUUCAGUCAGGCAAUUCACUUCGCCAACCUCAUGGUGAAUCUGCUGGUGCCCCUGGACACCAGUAAAAAUAAACUGUUGAGAACAUCUGCCACCGCAGACUGGGAGAGUGGCAGCAACAGCAUCGUCACCAAUAGUAUUGCAGGAAGUGUUGCUGAGAGCUAUGAUACAGAAAGUGGCUUUGAGGACUCAGAAAGCAACGAUAUCGCAAAUUCCGUGGUGCGUUUUAUUACCAGGUUUAUCGACAAGGUUUGUACAGAAAGUGGAGUUACUCAGGACCACAUCAAAAGUCUCCAUUGCAUGAUACCAGGAAUUGUAGCUAUGCACAUCGAAACUCUUGAGGCAGUUCAUCGAGAGAGUAGGAGACUUCCCCCUAUACAGAAGCCCAAGAUCCUGAGACCCACACUACUCCCGGGAGAAGAAAUUGUGUGCGAAGGUCUCCGUGUGCUGCUUGAUCCCGAUGGGAGAGAGGAGGCCACAGGAGGACUUCUUGGGGGUCCUCACAUUCUCCCCGCAGAAGGCGCUUUGUUCCUCACUACCUACAGAAUUAUUUUCAAAGGGACACCCCACGAUCAACUUGUUGGUGAGCACACUGUGAUGCGGAGCUUCCCCAUUGCAUCUAUCACCAAGGAAAAGAAGAUCACCAUUCAAAACCAACUUCAACAGAACAUGCAGGAAGGAUUGCAGAUCACAUCUGCCUCUUUUCAGUUGAUUAAGGUAGCAUUUGAUGAAGAAGUGAGUCCUGAAGUGGUGGAGAUCUUUAAGAAACAACUAAUGAAAUACCGAUAUCCUCAGUCCAUUUUCAGUACCUUUGCCUUCGCAGCUGGACAAACUGCCCCACAGAUCAUCUUACCCAAACAGAAAGAAAAGAACACAUCUUUCCGUACCUUCUCAAAAACAAUUGUGAAAGGGGCCAAAAGAGCAGGAAAAAUGACUAUUGGCCGCCAGUAUCUGUUAAAGAAAAAGACGGGAACGAUUGUGGAAGAGAGAGGAAAUCGGGCCGGAUGGAAUGAAGAUGAUGACAUCUCUGUUUCAGAUGACAGUGAACUCCCUACAAGUACUACUUUGAAGGCUUCGGAGAAGUCAACAAUGGAACAGCUAGUGGAGAGAGCCUGUUUCCGAGACUAUCAACGUUUAGGUCUGGGGACCAUUAGCGGGAGUUCUUCCCGCUCAAAAUCGGAAUAUUUCCGGAUCACAGCCUCAAACCGAAUGUAUUCACUCUGUAGGAGCUAUCCUGGGCUUUUGGUUGUUCCUCAAGCUGUGCAAGACAGCAGCUUACAAAGAGUCGCUCGUUGCUAUCGACAUAAUCGCCUACCAGUUGUCUGCUGGAAAAAUUCCAAAGCCAACACUCUGCUGCUUCGAGCUGGGGGAUUCCAUGGAAAGGGAGUUGUUGGUCUUUUCAAAUCUCAAAACCAACACACAACAGUUCCUGCCUCCUCUUUAGAUUCAUCAAGUAGUAUAGAACAAGAAAAAUACCUACAAGCUUUACUGAAUGCAAUUUCUGUCCAUCAGAAAAUGAGUGGUAAUAACACCCUCACAGUCAGACCAGCAUUUGCUCUGUCUCCAGGCACUCAAAGAAGGGCUUCAAGAAUGUCCACUGUGCUUAAACAGAUAGUGCCAGAACAUUUGGAUGUAAAUGUAUCCAAUAGCUUUGCUCGAGGAGUGCUUGGGUACAGGGAUAAAUGCUUCACUCACUCAAAUCUCAAAUCAUCAGCUAAGGGAAGAGUCCAUAAUCCAGGUGUGUGGGCAAGUCUUCGUUCUAGCAAUCGUUUCAUCAGUUCUCAGACCUCAUUCGUUGAUGUUGGUGCAAGACUUGCGGGCAAGGAUCACGCUGCCUCAUUCAGUAACAGUGCCUAUCUACAAAACCAGCUCCUAAAGCGUCAAGCUGCCCUCUACAUAUUUGGUGAAAAGUCACAGCUACGGGGCUUCAAAUUGGAAUUUGCUUUAAAUUGCGAGUUUAUUCCGAUCGAAUUCAAUGAUAUCCGACAAGUGAAAGCCAGCUUUAAAAAGCUGAUGCGGGCCUGUGUCCCAAGCACCAUCCCUGCAGAUUCGGAAGUAACGUUCCUAAAAGCUCUUGGCGAGUCCGAGUGGUUCCCACAGCUUCACAGGAUAAUGCAGUUGGCUGUGGUCGUUUCAGAAGUGCUCGAGAGUGGAUCUUCAGUUCUGGUGUGUUUGGAAGAUGGCUGGGAUAUCACUGCACAGAUAGUCUCACUCGUGCAGUUACUCAGUGAUCCAUUCUACAGGACCCUGGAAGGUUUCCGGAUGUUGGUGGAAAAAGAGUGGCUCUCUUUCGGCCAUAGAUUCAGUCAGCGAAGCAAUCUGACCCCUAACUGCCAGGGCAGUGGCUUUACUCCUAUUUUUCUACAGUUCUUGGACUGUGUGCACCAGAUUCAUAACCAGUAUCCAACAGAGUUUGAAUUUAAUCAGUAUUACCUCAAGUUCUUAGCUUUCCACUAUGUUUCCAAUCGAUUUAAAACAUUUCUCCUGGACUCAGACUACGAAAGAUUAGAGCACGGAACAUUAUUUGAAGAUAAAGGUGACAAACAUGCCAAAAAAGGAAUCUGUAUUUGGGAAUGUAUUGACAAGAUGCACAAAAGGAACCCAAUCUUCUUUAAUUACCUAUAUGCCCCUACUGAAAUAGAGGCACUAAAACCAAGUCUCAAUAUGUCCAGCUUUAAAAAAUGGGAUUACUACAUGGAGGAGACUCUGGCCACAGGGCCUUCUUAUGACUGGACAAUGUUGACUACAAAAUACAUCUCUCCUGAGGAAGUGGACCAAGGAAACGGUGCCGUGCCACAGAGUAAAAGAAAAAUUGUCUGGCCUUGCUACGAUGACAUCAGCAGAGUGCAGCCUGAUGCGAUUACCAGCCUCUUCACCGAAAUUGAAAGAUUGGAGCAUAAAUUAAAUCAAGCCCCAGAAAAAUGGCAACUGCUGUGGGAAAGGAUAAAAGUGAGCCUAAAAGAUGACGCAAGACAAGAUCACCCUCGGAGACAUCCUUCCGGUUCCUCGGGGAUUAUGUCUGCCAAUCUUCACUCAUAUCAAAAGAGAUCCGUGUUGCAUCUGCCGGACAGUGGGCUGGGAGAGGAGCAAAGUGCUAGCAUCUCCCCAUCUAAUGGGGUGGACAGGAGGGCCACCACCCUCUACAACCAGUUUACGUCCAAGAAUGAUGAGAACAGGUCUUUUGAGGGCACCCUUUACAAACGAGGAGCCUUGCUGAAGGGCUGGAAACCGCGUUGGUUUGUGUUGGACGUAACGAAACAUCAGCUGAGAUACUACGACUCCGGCGAGGACACCAGCUGCAAGGGCCACAUCGAUCUAGCAGAGGUAGAGACGGUCAUCCCAGCCACCCCCACUAUCGGAGCCCCGAAGCACACCAGUGACAAAGCCUUUUUUGAUCUCAAGACCAGCAAACGGGUGUAUAACUUCUGUGCUCAGGACACACAAAGUGCCCAGCAGUGGAUGGACAGGAUUCAGAGCUGUAUUUUGGACGCCUGAGGCGGAAGGAACGGUUCUUCCAUAGGAAUCUCCAGAAGGGCCUCUUCUCCCGGUGAAGGCCAUCCGCGAGACUUUAUGAAUUCCCAUCAAAAGAACAAGUAGCUUUUGCUUUCAUUGUGAACGGUCUUUUCCCUCUCUGCCCCGUUGAGCUAGCUAAUCUGUCUCAGUUCCCCCACUUCAACAGGAACACCUUCUCGGCAGCCCCGUCACCCUCCAACAACCCAGCCUAGUCGGAACUGCCUCCAUGUUGCACUAAACUCUGCCGGGAUCAUGGCGUCACAGUCCCCAUCCCUGGGGAGGAGGGCUUUGCCUCGCCUCCUCGUUCCUCCCCCAACUCCACCUCCCCAGGGGAGCCUUGGGGUUCCCCUCUCUUGCCUCUUCUGGCUAAAUGUUUGUUCACUGCUUCAUUCGGGGCACGUUUCCACGCAGGAAGACACGAUCCCACAGGCUCUGCCACUUCAGAAUCGGAGUGCAUUUCUCAGCGGCGGCGGCCCUUUCUGGACAGCCACGAGCCCAGACACAGAGCCGGCGCUAGGGGAGGGGGGACGCAUUUGGGUCUCCAGGCCCCUGAUCGAGGCCGCAGGGCAGGGCCACCGGAUCUCCCGGUUGGGACUAAACGCGGGGGCAGGAGAGAAAGACAGUUCUGUGCGGCCCGGGGAUUCCGGCCAUCCGGUUUCUGACAAGCGCAGAAAGAGGAACAUUUUACCUGUGAAAUGUAGGACGAAUCCAAUGUCGGGGGGAAAAAAAAAAUCCAAUUUCAAACUGCCAAGACUCUUAUGACAGGAUAGUUUCUGUGUCUGAAAGCCAUAUGGAUUCAUAUGUGCUCUCCCGCUCACCCUACAUUUUUUACGAGAAUAACACAAUGAUAAAUGCACUAAACAAUAAAGCAAGCACUUGCACUGAAAUCCUUAAAAUGCAGACAUUUUGAAGGACAGAGCUCAGUUAUUCCUAGCCGAGAACACUUUGCUAAAUAACAGGAUUGACAGCUAUUAAAAAUGUACAUUGGUUUCGGUGUGUUGUGAUUUGAUACUUUGGACAACAUUUUUUGCACAUAAAAUUGUAAAAACAUUUUUAGAUUUUUACAUUUGAUAACCUGGUGUUUGGUCAACUUAAACUCUAAAAAAUGUUGGUUAUUAAACCAGAAUUAACAGGGGGUUGCUCCUGCUGUGGCCUGUGAUGAAAUUGACUGGAGUCGUGAGGUAGCUAGAUCAUUGCUUUUCAUUUUUGAAAUGUUAAUAUGUUAAAUAUCAGACUAAUAUUUCAAAGAAUCUGUAUAUAUGAUCCAGUAUGUUCUGGUGGGUUUUUUUAGACAUCCUGCUUGUUAUUUAAUAUAAAACUAACCAGACUGAUUCAUUUCUAGGAUUUUGGUUAUUAAAUGGUUAUGCCCUCAAAAAAAAAACAAGAAACCACUCUUUUUGAACUAAAGUAUAAAGUCAAAUUUCCAACUGUAUACAUAAUAGGAAAAAUAGCUGUUGGACUAUGUAUGAAAUCUGGGAGGAAAACAGCAGUCAUGAAGGACUUUGUAGCAUUUUCAAUUUAUAAAUUUCCACCUGUGAAAAUGUAUUUUGCACAUUAUUUGUAUUUUCUUUGUAUAUGAAGUACUUUUUUUGUACUUUGUAAAAUAUCGAUCCCAUUUCAUAGAUGAUUUGAGAAUGUAUACACCACUCCUAUUUUGUAACUAGGUUAUUUUAACUAUUAUGUAGAUGUGACAUUGACCUGUGUAUUCUAACCACCUUGUAAUAAACAUACUUCUUAAGAAAAACACCCCUCAUUUACUGUGAAAUAAAAUACAUUCCACAGUAUGCUGCA